GGUACCAGGAAGAAGCAGAAGGCAGAGGAGUGCGGGGCAGGAGGGCGGAGCGGACCUCUGUUACGUGCAGGAUCACGCCCCUUGGGGAGGGCGCUGCGCCUGCGCCGGAACGGCCGUCUCGCUCCCGGAAGUGGAGGGUCUGCCAAGAGAGAGCCGCUGGGUCUCGGUGCCCGGAGGCAGAAGCGCUCGCGAAGCUCGCCCGUCAGCCCCCGACUGCCAUGUCAGCCUUUGACACCAACCCCUUCGCGGACCCAAUGGACGUAAACCCCUUCCAGGAUCCCUCUGUGACCCAGCUGACCAAUGCUCCACAAGGUGGCCUGGCUGAAUUCAACCCCUUCUCAGAGCAGACAAAUGCAGCAACAACGGUUCCUGUCACCCAGCUCCCUGGGCCCUCGCAGCCAGCGGUUCUCCAGCCCUCAGUGGAACCAACCCAGCCAACCCCCCAGGCUGUGGCCUCUGCAGCCCAGGCAAGCCUACUCCGGCAGCAGGAAGAACUGGACAGGAAAGCAGCCGAGCUAGAACGAAAAGAGCGGGAGUUGCAGAACACUGUGGCCAACUUACAUGUGAGAGAGAACAAUUGGCCGCCUCUGCCUUUGUGGUGCCCUGUCAAGCCCUGCUUCUAUCAAGACUUCUCCACAGAGAUCCCUGCUGACUACCAGCGAAUAUGCAAGAUGCUCUACUAUCUCUGGAUGUUGCAUUCAGUGACUCUGUUUCUGAACCUGCUUGCCUGCCUGGCCUGGUUCUUAGUCGACAGCAGCAAAGGAGUAGACUUUGGCCUCUCAAUCCUGUGGUUCGUGAUCUUCACCCCCUGUGCCUUCCUUUGUUGGUACCGACCCAUCUAUAAGGCCUUCAGGUCGGACAACUCUUUCAGCUUCUUCGUGUUCUUCUUUGUAUUUUUUUGUCAAAUAGGGAUCUAUGUCAUCCAGUUGGUCGGCAUCCCUAACCUGGGGGACAGUGGUUGGAUUGCAGCCCUGUCUACGCUGAAGCAAGACUUGGCUGUGUCGAUCAUCAUGAUGGUGGUAGCUGGCUUCUUCACACUCUGUGCUGUGCUCUCACUCUUCCUUCUAAAGCGGGUGCACUCUCUGUACCGCCGGACUGGGGCCAGCUUCCAGCAAGCUCAAGAGGAAUUUUCCCAGGGCAUCUUCAGCAACAGGACCUUCCGCAGCGCUGCCUCAUCUGCUGCCCGAGGAGCCUUCCAAGGGAAUUAGUCCUGACUCUCUUCCCUGUGCCCCAGCCAUUUUUCCUGCCUGCCUUCUGAGCUGCACUUUCCGUGGGUGCCUUAAGCAGUGCUAUGGCCAGCACAAACCUGGAGAGGGUCUUGCUGUGGCUCUUCCUCCUUCCUCAGCAACCAGCUUUCCCUUCCACCCAAGGGAAGGGGAGGGAGGGACAGGAACUUUUUUUCCAUAAGAGAAAGGGGGAAAAAAAGUUUUUUCUUCUCUGGUGGUGGUUUGGUAGGAUUCUUUUGUCCCUCUGAAGCAGUGGGACUGAAGUUCUCUUUUCCCUACACACACACACAUGCACAUAUGUACACACUUGGGAUCACUAGCCAACCUGGGCCCACCCAGCUGGCGUUGUAUUUCUGCCCGGGUCCUGGGCCUCCACUCAUCCCCUAGAAACCUGGCCUGAAUCUGGCUUCAUAGCCCCAGCCUGUGGCUUCCAUAGUCCUGCCCUCCCUUCCUGCUGGGCUGGGAUGACCUUCCAAGGGCUCCCCUUUAGAUGAGCUAUGGCCUGGGCUGGUGGACAGCUCUGUUCCCCCAGAUCACUCUGAUUAGGUCUCUGGGCUUCCAGAACCUCUGGCCAGUUCCUCAGCCUCUUCUCUGCUUCAUGUCUCUCACAAACAGAUUCAUUGCCUUAUCGGCCCCCUGCACCUUCCAGCUGUGGGCAGCACCCUGUGCCAUCUGGGGCCCUCCCUGAACCCUCCCCUCCUUAGACUUACUGAAUGUGCAUUGGGGUUGGUUGGGAUUUGGGGAUGGGCAGGAACAGAGGACAACCUGUGUUGUCCUGCCCAGCCUUUAACAAUCUUCUAGGAGGAGUGUGUGUGACUGUCCCGGUGUGGGUUGUUUGUCCGUUUGUUUUGAUUUCCUCUUCUCCUGGGGGACAGCUGUGCUCUACCUUGGCCUCACAUUCUAACCAUUUGUUCCCACAUCAGCAAUAUCUAGCUUGUAUGACUCUUAGGAAGGGCAGGUCGAAUCAGUUCAGAACUGAAUCCUUCAGACUGGUCUCAUGAGCCAGGGUUCCAGACUCAUCCUCCAGGGUUCUCCCAUACCCCGAGUAGGAGUAGAGUCUAGGUCACCUUCCACUGGUCCUAGGGAUUCCCCAGGAAGUGUGUCACUGUGAAGAGCACCUAGGAGUCCACCAUUAACACCUGCACCCUGCCCUGCUGUGGACUGAGGGAACUUCUCAAAAAGGCCAAUCCAGAGGCAGCCCUGUCUAUAGCCCACUCCACUCCAGAGCCACUGAAUGAUGAUUUAAUGACAGUGACCAAGGUUUUGUAAAUUUCUGGUACUUUUUUUCUCCAUGUACAAAUGUAUAUGUUGUUUCAAUUUUGUGCUUAAAUAAAGACAUUUUCAGACAACA